ACAGGCAAUCAUAUUAAUGUUCUUGCUUGAUCCAUGGGUAAACCCAAUUCUCUCCCUUUGCCUGCACUCAAAGAACAAAGACCUGCAGAGACUUUAACACUAAUGAAUCCCUAAAUCCCAUAUCCUCUGUAUUAUCCAAUCCAAUCCAAUCCAAUCCUAUCCUAUCCAUACCAUCAUCAUGUCCUCCUUGCAGCCCCAGCAGCAGCAGCAGCAGCAGCCCGUUGGCCCUGUUCUUGUUUACCCUAACAAUGUCAAUAAACAGCCUUCAUCUUCCCACCAUUCAAACGGCUCAUUCGGGACCGUUUUCAUCGUGCUGGCCGUUAUAAUCGUCAUCUCCGCCAUCGCUUGCUUUCUAGGAAGGCUCUGCAACCGCCGCCUCAACAGCUCGAGACCCCAUAGGCAACCGCAGCAUAACUUUCGUCCCAAGAAAGAAGCUGGCCCUGCUGAUGGCGGUGGUGGAGAUCAUCACAUGGAGUUUGGCAGGGCUCCAAGCUUUCGAGCAGGCCCGAAAGUAGCAGACGUCAAAUUCGGAUUCGAUAGGAAAAACCCGAAUGGGAAUAGCAGCAGCAGAGGAGAGGGCAGAGGAUACAUGACUCAUCAUCACAACAAACCACAUCAUAACGGGAAUGGGGAAAUGGAUCAUCACAUGAAAGGUGAAAUGAACCAGCAACCUGGCGGCGACGGCGAGCAUCACGUUGGAAUGGGAGAUCCCAGAGCCAGUGGAUGAAAUGAUGAUCAGAUUAGUAACUUCUUGUUGCUGGAUUGGCUUUCCUUUCUAAAUUAAUCUUCCUGUUUUCUAUGUUCCUCUGUUAUUAUUAUUAUUAUUUUUAAUUUGUUUCCAACUCUGAAACUUCUAUUGGAAAUUUUGAGUAGAAAUUUCAUUGUCCUACAUUGGUCACUACCAAAAUGUUUCCUUACUUUAUAAGGCUUUGUCCAUCACUCUAAUCACUUUCUAUAGGGGACAAAACCUUAUAAAGUGAGAAAAUCUUUUGGUAGUGACCAAUAUGUGACAAAGAAAUUUCUACUCAAAAUUUUCAACAACUUCAAGUGCUGAUAUAGGUUAUGUUAAAAGGUUUGUGGCAUAUUAUGGACUAGUGUACAAAAUUAUGGCAUGGUAUGAUCUUCAAUCACAGAAGGCCAAAACCUUGAUCAAUGAUCCACACUCUUUGCAUAGAUGAAAAGGAAAAUAACUUCUCUCAUAAAAAAUGAAAGUGGAAAAUCUUGAUCGUUA